AUGGCCACGAAAAUCGGCGACGCCGUCCCGAAAUGCUCUUCGUAUGAUGUGCAGAAGGAAGACAAGGAAAUCGACAAUGUAUGCGCAACGAAAGUCCAACAAGCUGGGGAAUGCUGCGACACCGGUUACAACACUAAUUCGGAGGCAAAGGAGAACGCUUGCUGCUCGGAGCGCGAGAUCGAGGCUGAGCUGAAGGCUCUAGGUUUGAAGGACGACGAGAAAGCCGAGAAAAGCCUAGACGAGAACAAGUUCGUCUUUCACUAUGACCCGAAGGCUGCUUUUAACGCGGCAGAGGAAAACAAAGAAAACGAGGAAGAGUCGGACGCGGAUGAGGAGGAAGAGGAGAGCGCUUGCACCGUGCAGCCAGUCUGCCCACUUCCGGAAUUGAUUAAGGUGGUAACUGGCGAGGAGGACGAGGAGGUGUUGUUUCAAGAGCGCUGCAAGUUGUACCGUUUCGACCGGGAGUCGCGUGAGGUGCAGGAGCGCGGGCUUGGCGAGAUGAAGGUUCUGAAAAACCCGAAAAGCGGCCGAAUGCGCUGCGUCAUGCGCCGCGAGCAGAUCCUGAACUUGUGCGCCAAUUUCCCGAUUGUCGCCCAGAUGGAGAUCAAGCCCAAGGCCGGCACCGACGAGACGGCCCUCUUCUUUUGUCAGGACUUUUCGGAGUGCGAUGACGGCGAGGGCCAAACGUUCUACACUCGUUUCCGCACCGGCUCAACACGCGAGCGCUUCAUCAAUCUUUUCCGCGAGGGCGUCGCCGCCUUUCAUAUUGCCUUUGCCGAUGCUUGGACCGGACUCUCCGGAUGGCUGUCGAUGACUAGCUACUCCAACUACGUGCCCUUCUUCGAGGAGCUGGUCAUCACCAUGUCGAUCGUCACCUCAGCUUCCCCCUGUGUUACAUUAUACUAUGUACGUCCGUAUCGGCAUCGCCUCCAAAAAAUGCUACGCUGCAAGAGCCGCGCCGAGAAGUUCCAAGUCAACACCGAGGCGUCGGCCCACGUCACCGAGACGGGUGCCGGCUCACAAAAUACACGAAAUGUCGACGAACUUGUA